CUUUCACCUACCAACUCCUUCCUAUCACCACCAACACCUCUCGAGGGCUUGCUUCCUGCCUCGCUAUCCCCCCAUCUGGAGUAGUCUUCCCUGCCUACUUCUUCCCUCUACGACCCCUCGCCCAUCCUUGCGCCACCUCUUGGUCUUAGCAGACUGCAUACCCACUCCAGAACCCCAAUUGAGUUAUCAAAGAUGCUGCGUAACCUCGUCGCCUCCAGGAGCGCCGUGCCAGCCAAGGCCUUCCAAAGCUCUACCCUCCCCCGUCUCGUAUCUGCCUCGGGCAGCUCUCUGCCCGGCUCGAGGAGAGGGCUGGCCAGCAGUGCUGACCCUUACGACGUAGUCAUCAUCGGUGGUGGACCCGGUGGAUACGUUGCUGCUAUCAAGGCUGGACAGUCUGGUCUCAAGGCUGCUUGCAUUGAGAAGCGCGGAACCCUCGGCGGUACCUGCCUCAACGUCGGCUGCAUCCCCUCAAAGGCCCUCCUGCACAACUCUGAGCUCUACCAUGCUGCUGGUCACGAGUUCAAGAACCGUGGAAUCGACAUCAAGGACAUGUCUCUGAACCUGGGACAGAUGAUGAAGGCAAAGGACAGUUCCGUGGGAGCUCUGACAAAGGGUGUCGAGGGACUGCUCAAGAAGAACAAGGUAGACUACAUCAAGGGCGCUGCCUCUUUCGCUGGCCCCACCUCGAUCAAUGUGCAGCUCAACGACGGUGGCGAGACCCAGAUCGAGGCAAAGAACGUUGUCAUUGCCACUGGAUCCGAGGUCACCCCUUUCCCCGGCAUUGAGAUCGACGAGGAGCAGAUCGUCUCCUCCACUGGCGCCCUCGCCCUCAAGAAGGUGCCUGAGAAGAUGAUCGUCAUCGGUGGUGGUGUCAUCGGUCUGGAGAUGGGUUCCGUCUGGAACCGACUGGGCUCCCAGGUAUCCGUCGUCGAGUUCCUGCCUACCAUUGGUGGAGCCGGUAUGGACCACGAGGUUGCUGCCAACUUCAAGAAGAUUCUGGAGAAGCAGGGUCUGAAGUUCAACCUGGGCACAAAGGUCAUCGACGCCGAGAAGAAGGACGGCAAGGUCUUCCUGAACGUCGAGGAUGCCAAGAGUGGCAAGAAGCAGCAGAUUGACGCCGACGUUGUUCUGGUCGCCAUUGGUCGACGCCCUUACACCAAAGGUCUGAACCUCGAGGCCAUUGGUGUCGAGACUGACAAGCGGGGACGUAUCGUUGUGGACGAUGCCUACAACACCACCUGCAAGGGUGUCAAGUGCAUCGGGGACGCUACUUUUGGUCCCAUGCUGGCACACAAGGCCGAAGAGGAGGGUAUUGCCGUUAUCGAGAUGCUCGCCAGGGGCCACGGCCACGUCAACUACGAAGCCAUCCCCGCCGUCGUGUACACUCAUCCUGAAGUAGCUUGGGUGGGCAAGUCAGAACAAGAACUCAAGGACGCCGGCGUUUCCUACAAGAUUGGCAAGUUCCCCUUCCUCGCCAACUCCCGUGCCAAGACCAACCAGGAUUCGGAAGGAUUCGUAAAGACGAUUGUGGAAAAGGAGACGGAGAAGAUCCUCGGAGUGCACAUCAUUGGACCUAAUGCCGGUGAGCUCAUCAGCUCUUCAGUGCUGGCCAUUGAGUAUGGUGCUAGUGCAGAGGAUACCUCGGCGGUCUGCCAUGCUCACCCCACGUUGAGUGAGGCGGUAAAGGAGUCGGCACUGGCUGCGACGGAUAAGGCGCACCACAAGGCCAUCCACUUCUAAGCGUGACGCGUCUAGCCGCUCAUCGGGAUGAGCUUGUUUCGCUCGAUUAACAGGAGCAGG